UGCACCAUUGCUCUCAUCCACAACCUCCAGAGUGGUAACUUUGGUAACCACAUCAAGAUCAAAUAUUCCGUGAUUGUUUUCUUGUACACACCUCACCAGAUACCUUCGUCAUGUCUCAUUGCCACGGCGAACAUGCCGGCCAUGGCGGUCACGACCAUGAUCAUGCGCACGACCACAGUGAUGACAUAACGCCAGCUCUGCAGCACAGCUUAUACCAGCACAUCAACUUCGACGGCGUUGAGACGUUGAACGAAGCCCAAGCCGACUCAGGCAAGGCUAUCGUCAGGAAGACGUGGGAAGAGCAUCUCCAAGAGCAGCCGGAGCUGGCAAGCGAUGCAGAUGAGCAAAUCCUCAUGAACGUGCCCUUCACGGGCCAAGUAAAGCUUCACUCAAUCCUCCUGCGUACUUCGCCGUCAGAUUCAGCGCCCCGUACGCUCAAAGUCUUCAUCAACCGUGACGACAUGGACUUCAGCACGGCCGAGGAGCUAGCCCCGACGCAGGAGUUCGAGCUAUCGCAGACGUCCGAGGUGCAGGAGCUUCCCGUCAAGCGGGCGCUGUUUGGCAAGGUGCAGCGGCUGACGCUGUUCUUUGAGGACAACUUUGGCAAUGACGAUGAGGAUGUUACCAGAUUGAGUUACUUGGGUUUCAAGGGCGAGUGGAUGCAGUUGGGUAGGGCGCCGGAUCAGAUUUUGUACGAGGCGGCGCCGAAUCCGAACGAUCAUAAGUUGAAGGGGACGAACGUGAAUGCCAUGGGAAGUGGCAUUGGAGGCCGCGGGCCGGGUGCAUAAGGAAAUGAAUGAAGGUAGGGAGGAAGAAAGUCAAGGGGGGCAUUGCAUCAAGACGGUUACGGAUACGCUCACGGAAGGGAAUAGGC